AUGGCGGACAGUAUCAGUGCCAACAACAGUGCUUCAGUGCUUCAGGAUAACAGUGCCUCAGUUGAUCGGAUUUCAGUUAAAAUCCCACCGUUUUGGCCCAACGAUCCUGAAAUUUGGUUCUUGGACAUCAUUGUGUCACCACCAGCUACAGAGAGGUACGUAAAAUUAAAGGCAGAGUUAAUUAAGAGACUUAGUGCAUCUCAACAACAAAAAAUUAAAAGACCACUUGAGCAUGAACGACUGGACGAUCGACGACCUUAUCAAUUCUUACGAUAUUUACAGUCUUUAGCAGGCAAAACAGUACCAGAUAAUAUUGUAAGGUCUCUGUGGUUAGGUAGAUUGCCAUCGUCUACACAGGCUAUUCUAGCUACUCAAGCGAAAGCUAGUUUGGGUGCAGUUGCCGAGCUAGAUGACACAAUCUCCGAAGCAAUAGCUCCUAGCGUCCAUAUGUCAGAAGUUUCCAACGCACGUGAAAGUACUAUCGACAAAUUGACAGCCGAAUUAGCUGAAAUAAAAUUUCAGCUAGCUAGUUUGUCACAGGCUCAAGCACAAACUAACACAUACCGUCGUAACCGCAGCAACGCAAGAGGCAGACCUUAUCCAAGAGACAGAAGCUACAGCAGGCAACGUAAUAGUGACAUAUUUUGGUAUCACUACCGUUUUGGUGACCAGGCUCAAAAGUGCUCUCCUCCGUGCAAGCAUCAGGGAAACAUCGCGGGCAGUCGGUAA